GUGGUCACUUGGAGCAUUACCUGACGGUUUUCCGGCGGCAGCAUAUGCCGCCUACGCGGCCGGCAGAGGUUAUUCGGGCUACCCUAGUUUCGGACUGCCGUAUCCAACAGUCGAUCUAACUAAUGGCCAACUGACCCCCAAUAACAAUACCCCACUGUUGACCCAGGCCUUGUCAGUGAUGAACAACUACCAGGCAGCAGCGCAAGGCUUCGGGCCGCCGGCCUCGCCGCACGCCGCCAACACGCGCGGCGGCUUUCCGGCCGCCAACUCGCCCGGGCCCACCAUCGACAUGUACAACAGCUCGGCGGCGGACAGCGUCGGCUACGUGCAGGCCGCCAGUCCACAGCCCUCCUCGUUCCCGGCCAUCGCCGUCAGCAGGGCUCCCCUAAACUACAGCCCCAGAGCCAAGAUGGCGCUUCCGGCCCUCGCCGAAACACCACCCACUUUAAAAAUGACGCAAAGACAAGACAAGCUUCAAUUCCUCUGGGUCAUCCCAUUGAAGUCGAAGCUUCCAAAGCGACUGAACGGUAGAUAG